AUGUCGAUUAUUUGUUACGCAAAUCAUCGUUAUCAACGACAACAUUUACAAAUUUAUUGGAAUUCAUCGAAUACACUUUUUCAAUCAUCAGGAUAUUUAACUGUUUAUCUUGGUGAUUUAAUUGAUUUUCUUUGUCCUUAUUAUGAUAAUGAAUAUACAAAUUUAAAUAUUGAAUAUAAUACAAUUUAUCUUGUUAAUGAAAAUGAUUAUUAUCAUUGUAAUACAACAAAUUAUAAUCCAUUAAUAAAAUGUAAUAAACCAUUUGAUCUACAACCAUUAGUUUAUACAUUAUCAAUAUCAAAAUAUCUACCCUAUCCAAAUAUACCUGAAUUUGCUGAUGGACAAUAUUAUUAUUUUAUAUCAACAUCAAUGGGUCAAUUAGAAAAUAUUGAUCAACAUCAUAAUGGUUUAUGUUAUACAAAAAAUAUGAAAUUAAUUCUUAAUGUUCAAAAAUAUACUCGACAUUAUCAUGAACAACAACGAAAAAAAAACAUCGAAACUUAUAAUAGCUAA